CUCCCUCAACAAAGAAUGAGGACAUCAUGGAGAAAAUAGGCAAACAUGAGGAUGACAUCAAGUGUUACUGACAAAAGCAGAGAACAUGAAGCCUUCUUCAGUAUGACCAUAAUGCAGCGUCUACACUAUAUCAAUUACGACGACUGGAGUAAGCUGCUUAUGAAAGGACCGACAGAGAACCUACAACCAAACCCCCUCCCCUCAGUCCGCUGCCCCCUCUGGAGGAUAAACUGUUCCUUUUCCAAGAUCUACUUACAUCCCACAAUUAAUCCCACCUUCACCUUUAAGGAAUAACUACUAAAUAUAGAAACAAUGGCAGUUUUAAAGGUAAAGUUUACUAAGACCAGGAGGGAUAAGUUGGCCCAGAUCCUGUGGAUCCUCAACUGGAUCUCAGUGGUUACAGGGGUCAUCCUGUUCAGCCUGGGGCUCUUCCUCAAGGUGGAGCUCAAAAAGCGUGAAGAGCUGAUGGCAGAGAAGGACAUCCAGUAUGUUCCCAACAUGUUGAUAGCUGUAGGCCUCAUUGCUUGUAUAAUCAAUUUCCUGGGUGGGAAGAUCUGCUAUGACUGUGUGGACUCCACCAAGUUCUUGCGCUGGAAGCUGAUCAUGCUGCCCUACAUUGUGUGCACCUUCUUUUUCACCCUGUGCGUGCUUGUGGGGGCUCUGAUGUGUUACAGCAUGCACUGGGAGCUGGAGGAGGCUCUGAACCUGGGCCUGAUGCAGGCUAUGAGGUUCUAUAAAGACACAGACAUGCCAGGACGCUGCUUCCUGAAACACACUGUGGACACACUGCAGAUACAGUUCCAAUGCUGUGGGAACAGCGGCUACAAAGACUGGUUUCAAAUUCAGUGGAUAAGCAACCGUUACCUGGACAUGUCCAAAAAGGAAGUCAUAGAUCGACUGAGAAGUAAUGUAGAGGGGAAGUACCUGAUGGAUGGAGUCCCAUUCAGCUGCUGCAAUAUCGACUCACCUCGGCCCUGCAUCCAGCAGCAGAUUACCAACAACUCGGCCCAUUUCAACUAUGAGCAUCAGACCGAGGACCAAAACUUGUGGAUGAAGGGCUGCCGACAGGCACUGCUGGAGUACUACACCCACAUUAUGCAGUCCAUUGGCCUUACAGUCCUCAUUACCUGGCUCUUUGAGCUGUCAGUGCUGACAGGUGUUCGUUACCUCCAGACCUCCCUGGAAAACAUGCUGAGGCAGGGAGACCCUGACUCUGAAUCUGAUGGUUGGCUGCUGGAAAACAGCUUCAUGGAAACGGCCCGCACCAACCUGAGCAUCAUAAAGAGCCUCGGCAAGAGCAACCAAAUAAACACAGCCAACAAUGGUGACCCCAACAUUGAUGUCCCAUCCACCUCGAAGGCACAUUAUGGGCCAGACAAUGUUCCCCCAAAGGAGAAGAUGGAAACAAGCUAAACAUAUCA